AUGACGAACGUCCCACCGGAGAUCAUCACCGACAUACUUAUUCGGCUCCCCGUCAAGGAUCUCCUCCGCUACAGGUGCGUAUCCAAGCCAUGGUGCUCCUUGAUCGACAGCCAUGAUUUCAUCAAAAGGCACCUCAGUCACUCCAAGGAAACCUACUCCAACACCGGCCUUGUUCUCAACUGGAGCGAGCUCUACUGGGUCGACCUGGACACUCUUAACUCCGCCGUGGAACUCAAUCACCCAAUCGAUUUUGGGGGCGGUACCGAAGUUUUGGGCUCUUGCAAUGGCUUACUUGCCCUGUUUAAUUCGUAUGACGAUGUGGCUUUGUGGAAUCCAUUCACUAAAAGGUACAGGAACUUACCCAUUACUGAGAUUGAAUUUCCAAGCGACGGUUUAUGUGUUGGUCAAUAUAUGAUUUACGGAUUUGGGCAUGACCCCAUUAAUGAUGAUUACAAGUUAAUAAGGUUGAUACAGUUUUAUGGGGAUGAUGACGACUCUUUUGACUCUGAGGUUAAAGUUUAUAGCCUAAAAGCCAAAACAUGGAAGAGGAUUAAGGACUUUCCUUAUUACCUUCGUUAUAAUCGUUCGUAUGGUGUUCAUGUUGGCAAUGCUUUACAUUGGGUUGUGUCCCGGAAACCAAUAUCUGAUGUUUCCAAGUUAAUUGGUGCUUUUGAUAUUGUCAGCGAGGAAUACCAUGUGGUGCCUCAACCUGAUUAUGUGGACGACGAUUUUUGCAUGACUUUGAAUGUCUUAGGAGGUUGCCUUUGUCUGAUUUGUAAUUACACCUCGAACCAAUCUAAUGAUUUUUCUCGGGAAAGCAAGGUUGACCGCGUUGACAUAUGGGUGAUGAAGGAAUAUGGGGUUAAGGAGUCUUGGACUAAGCUGUACUCCGUUGUACAAUCAGAUGUGAUAAGCUCUUUCAAUUAUGUGUUCCCAGUUACAUACUUGAAGUAUCCUGGUAAUAAAAUUCUAAUGGAUCAGGAUUCCAAAAAGUUUAUUUUGUAUGAUUUGGGAAGGAAUAAGGCUGAGAGUGUGAUGAUUCCCGGUAUGCCUGAACUAUUUGAAGAGUGUGUGUGCCUGCAAAGCCUUGUUGGACUUGGUGGUAGAGAUGGGGAACUCUCUGGGAAGAAGGCAGAGAAGCUUAGCAGGAAGGGGUGGCUGGUGAAGAGGGAGAAGAAGGGCAAGCACGAAGAAGCUACUAAGAGGAAGGACAAGAGGGACGAUUUCCUGUCGAGGGGAUUCAGACAGGUGCUGUUGAUGAAGCUAAAGUCUUAA